UCUCCUCCGCCCCAGGGAAAUUCGUUUCCGGGGUCACGGUCUGCACACAGACCUGUGGCGCCUGCCAGCCGGGGCGAGCGUGCCCGGUAGAAAGAGUUUAAAACGGGGGAUUGCAACAUCGCCGGCUCGUGUGGCGGGGGUCGAAGAACCCAAACAGUCCGAGUUUCCUUGUGCCCCUGGAGAGCUCCGCUCGCACUCGGUGGGAUCCCUGACGUUAGCGCUGCGCUCGAGGGAGAGUUUUCUACGAGGUUGCUUUACAGCAGUCGAACGGAGAUCAGAGCCGGUAGUUAACGGACUUUGACCAUGUCGGGGAUCGCCCUCAGCAGACUCGCCCAGGAGAGGAAAGCCUGGAGAAAGGACCACCCGUUUGGCUUUGUGGCUGUCCCUACAAAAAACCCCGACGGCACGAUGAACCUCAUGAACUGGGAGUGCGCCAUUCCAGGGAAGAAAGGGACUCCAUGGGAAGGAGGCUUGUUUAAACUCCGGAUGCUUUUCAAAGAUGAUUAUCCGUCCUCACCCCCAAAAUGCAAAUUUGAACCACCGCUCUUUCACCCAAAUGUGUAUCCUUCGGGCACAGUGUGCCUGUCCAUCCUUGAGGAGGACAAGGACUGGAGGCCGGCCAUCACGAUCAAGCAGAUCUUGUUAGGGAUACAGGAACUUCUAAACGAACCAAAUAUCCAGGACCCAGCUCAAGCAGAGGCCUACACGAUCUACUGCCAAAACAGAGUGGAGUACGAGAAGAGGGUUCGAGCACAAGCCAAGAAGUUCGCACCUUCAUAAGCGGCGACCGCUGGCAGCGUGAGAAGGAAGGGAUUGGUUUGGCAAGAACUUGUUUACAACUUUUGCAAAUCUGACGUUGCUCUGUACAGUGACUAGUCACCUGGGGAGGGUGGGGCGGGCGCCAUUUUCCAUUUCCGCCGCUGGUACACGGUCCUCGACUCGCUGGAUUGCCCGGGUUUUCAUACAGGGUCUCUUCCUUCCGUCUUUUGUAUUUUUGAUUGUUAUGUAAAACUUGCUUUUAUUUUAAUAUUGAUGUCAGUAUUUCAACUGCUGUAAAAUUACAAACUUUUAUACUUCGAUGAGCCCCGCGGAGCUAGUUUCCUUUGCUCGCGGAUGCAGGCAUGCUUCCCACAGCGCAGAGCUCCCCCGGCCCCCGCUGGCCCCCGCCUCGUCCCCGCACACCCCGGGUUGUGUUGCUUUUGAGCCUCAGAUCCAAAGUCAGCCAGCGUCUCGUUCCCGCAUCACUUCCUUUGUGUCUAUAUGGCGUUUUGUCUGUGUUGCUGUUUAGAGUAAAUAAACUGUUUAUAUAAAGGUU